AUGUCUUUAAAUGACCACCCAAAAGCCUAUGGCACAGCUGCCGUCGCAGUCGCUUUCGCGGCAGGUAUUCUCCUAACCCUCGGCUUCAAAGAUCUCUACCCAGAUCUUGAACGCAGGUACCAACGCCGAAGAGGGGGACCAAGUUCUUCCGCCGACUCUCGACCAGCGAGCACAUACCUAGCUCCCGUAAAGCUAGAAGACCACACACGAAGCGCUCGACAAUCAAUCGUAGGAGUUCCCGUUCCGCCAGUCCCUGAAGGCAUCGAAGGAUGCAUAGGCAAUACCCCGCUAUUCAAGAUCAAGAGCUUAUCUGAAGCUACGGGAUGCGAGAUUUUUGCCAAAGCAGAGUUUCUUAAUGGAGCGGGAGGAAGCCCGAAGGAUAGAGUGGCGCUGAAUAUGAUUCAGAUGGCGGAGGAGGAAGGAUUGUUGACGCCGGGGCGAGGAGAUACGAUUUAUGAGGGCACGGUAGGGUCAACGGGGAUCUCUCUUGCAACGCUGGCGAGGGCAAAGGGAUAUAAGGCUUAUAUCUGUAUGCCGAAUGACCAGAGCAAGGAGAAGUCUGACCUUUUGCAUCAUCUGGGAGCUACGGUCGAGAGAGUGACGCCUGCGCCGAUUACUUCCACGGAGCACUUUGUCAAUUUGGCAAGGACGAGAGCGAGGGAACAUACUGCUUCGAACGAGGAUGAGAGUAAGGGAUUCUUUGCGGACCAAUUCGAGUCCUUGGCAAAUUACAGGGCUCAUUUCAAGACUACGGGACCAGAGAUUUGGCACCAGACUGGUGGACAGCUUGAUGCUUUCGUGGCUGGAGCUGGGACUGGUGGGACUAUAUCUGGGAUCUCCCUCUUUCUCAAGCAAGAAAUGGGAAUGGGGAGAGAUCUCAAGGUUGUGCUGGCAGAUCCUGAAGGCAGCGGUUUGUACAACAAGGUGAAGCAUGGAGUCAUGUUUUCGAGUACAGAAAAAGAAGGCACACGCCGGAGACAACAAGUUGAUACCAUAGUCGAAGGGAUAGGGAUCAAUAGGCUUACGGAGAACUUUGAAGCUGGGAGAGAGCUGAUUGAUGAUGCUGUCAAGGUUACUGAUCUCCAAGCUAUGAAGAUGGCUAGGUGGUUGGUUGAGAAAGAUGGCAUAUUUGUCGGUAGCAGUAGCGCUGUGAAUUGCGUUGCUGCUGUCUUUACUGCUCUGCAGAUGCCAAAGGACAGUCGGAUUGUUACCAUCCUUUGUGACAGUGGUACUCGACAUCUCAGUAAGUUCUGGAAGAGUGUAGGCGAGAUGGGGUUGGAAGAAGAGCAUGAGCAGACAAACUUGCUGGCCUUGCUAGGCAUCAAAGAUCCGAGGUGA